AUGGAUAAAAGUUAUGAUGAUUUUAAAUUCAAUUUCGACCAUGUUCUCGUUAAUAAUCAACAAUAUGAAUUAGUGUCAAGAUUUCCAAACAGUAACGCUAUCAAUGAUGUAUAUUUAGUGAUAGGUCCUGACCAAAGAUUAAUAAACUAUAAAAAUAUAGAGUUCAAAGACUAUCCAAAAACUUAUAAAAGAGCGUUGAAUGAGAUCAAAGCAUUGAAACUAUUCAAAGGUAAUCGAAAAUUUGUUCAACUUGUUGAUUAUCAUGAUGAUAAAUACAAUCAAAUCUUUCAUGUUAUCACUGAAUACUGUAAAGGUGGUGAUCUUUCUCAAAAUUAUAAGAAUUUGACUGACUCUAACCUAAUCUUUAAGGAAACAGAAAUUAGGGAUUUUAUUUUACAACUUUUCAAUAUUCUUGUGGACCUUGAAGAACAUAGAAUUGUUCAUUGUGAUAUAAAGCCAUCAAACAUUUUUAUAGUGGAACAUAGACUAGUACUUGGUGAUUUUGGAAGUUGUACAUUUCUAAAUGAAUCACCAAUUAUUGAAUAUCAUGUCACAAGUGAACUGCGCAGUCUUGAAACAAUUGAUUUGAUUUUGAAUGAAUUAUCAGAGCCAACCAAGAUUGGAUCCGGAAUACUUGCCAGUCGUGGAACUAUCGGUUAUAUUGCACCAGAAGCAAUGUAUAAACAAUAUUCUCAAUCUUGUGAUAUCUAUUCAAUUGGAUCAACAAUUCUCAAAUUAUUAUCUUGUCAUGAAGAUGAUAGAAAUAACCAUCGAAUAUUUCAAAUGAAAAGUGAAAUUAAGAUUUCAAAAGAAAGAUAUUCAAAACUAUUAUUUGACUUUGUUCAUCGCUUGUUGGAUCAGAAUCAGAAGAAUAGAGAAUCAUUGCAUCAUUUAGAUAAUUAUAUUGAAAAUAUCGACAACAAAAAUUCAUUUACAAUCAAUUAUAAUAUUCCAUUAGAAAGUUCUCUAAUGAAUCAAGCAGAAAUAGUUUUUGGAGAGAGAGAUAAUAAUCAGCCAGUGCAAUCAAAUACAUUCCGACCUAAUCUUAGAGCUUUGACGUUCGGAGAUUCAUUCAAUCAACAAAUACCAAUAUGUACACUACCUAAAACACUUGAAUAUCUAUCAUUUGGUCGAUAUUUCAAUCAACAGUUGAAAUUAGGAGCGUUACCAGAUUCUCUUUUAUCAUUGGACUUUGGGUAUGGAUUCAAUCAAAUUUUUACAAAAGGGGUGUUACCUUCAUCAUUAAAGUUACUGACAAUGGUGGGCUACAACCAUAAAAUUGAAAUAGAUUGUCUACCACAACAACUUGAAUAUCUAGAACUAAGUUUGUAUAAUCAAGACAUUGAGACAUAUGUCUUACCAAACACACUCAAAUCAUUAACUCUUGGCACGUUCGAGACUUUUCCAAAUGGUUUCAAUCAACAAUUGGCUGUUGGAGUACUUCCAAAAUCUCUUCAGGUUUUACGUUUAGGUUCUUUUACACAUAAAUUAGAAAUUGGUGUUUUACCGACUUCAUUGACUUCACUUACACUCUCCAGAAAUUAUGACCAUAUCUUUCAACAAGGAGUAUUUCCAAAUUCACUUAGAUCAUUAACUAUUGAUGACUACUCACAACCUAUUUGCAUUGGUGUUCUUCCAUCAUCACUACGAGAUAUAUGGUUUGUGGGUGAAUUUGAUCAAGAUUUUUUUGUUCAUCAAAAGUCAAGUAAACCAAAAGAUGUUUCGGACAAUGACAUUAAAAACAAAACAAUAGAAUUACCACAAUCGCUUGAAUCACUCAUUAUUGGUGUUUAUGACAGGGAGAGAAAAAUGCCUUCGAAUCUAAAGACACUCCUCAUAUUUGGUGCAAAGAUGGUAGUUGAAGUUUUUAAAUUAACAGAUUCUCUUGAGUCGCUCCAAUAUAUUCGAGAAUAUCAUCCAGAAUAUGCAAUGCCAAACAUUGAUUCUCCAAUCAAUCAAAUUUCAGGAGAAAACAUAACUGCACUACUUCUAUCGGGAUAUCGUAACGUUCUCAUAGUUCUAGUCUUGGAGUUGAACCGUCAACUCCAAUAUCAAGCACAUACAGUGAAUGUUCGCAGAAUUGGAACACACUUCUUAUCUUUGUGA